UGUCGUAAGUAGCACUUCAGGUAUUUGAAGCAGACCGGGGCUCUGAGGUGGACACGGUACAUGUUUCUCUGCACUGUGGAGGCUGAAGCCGGGAGCCUCUCCUGUCUGCACCUGGUCUGCCGGGGAACCGUGACCCAGACCUUCCCCGGAACCAGGAACCGGGACACCGGCAGCCGCUCUGAGGAGAGGAAUUUGCGACAGCAUGAGCCAAACAAGGAAACAGACAAGAGAUUAUUAUCUGGGCCUCCCAGGCAGCAGAUGAGAGCUUGGUUCAGAGAGGAGACACCAUGCCCCCCGCCCUCACGGCCCUUCUCUGCCUGGGGCUGAGCCUGGGCCUGAGGACCCCAGUGCAGGCAGGGACCCUCCCCAAACCCACCCUCUGGGCUGAGCCAGGCUCUGUGAUCCCCUGGGGGAGCCCUGUGACCAUCUGGUGUCAGGGGAUCCUGAAGGCCCAGGAGUUUCGUCUGCAUAAAGAGGGAAGCCAAGGGUCCUGGGACAGACAGAGCCCACUGGGUCCUGGGAACGAGGCCAAGUUCUCCAUCACACUGAUGACACAGGAACAUGCAGGGAGAUAUCAGUGUUACUAUCUCAGCCAAGGUGUCUGGUCAGAGCACAGUGAUCCCCUGGAGCUGGUGGUGACAGGAUACUACUACUACAACAAACCCAGCCUCUCAGCCCUGCCCAGCCCUGUGGUGACCUCAGGAGGGAAUGUGACUCUCAAAUGUCACUCAGAUGAGGGAUUUGGCAUGUUUGUUCUGACUAAGGAAGGCGAAGACAGGCUCUCCUGGACCCUGGACUCACAAAGACACCCCAGUGGGCAGGUCCAGGCCCUGUUCCCUGUGGGCUCCAUGGUACCCAGACAGACCGGGACUUUCAGAUGCUAUGGCUGCUACAGGUCCACUCCCCAGCUGUGGUCACUACCCAGUGACCCCCUGGAGCUCCUGGUCUCAGGACCCCCUGUGGUCUCCAGUCCCCCACCCCCAGGGCACGUCUCCACAGCUGCCACAGAGAAGAAUCCUGUCUUAGACUUCAAAGGACACCACCCUUCUGACUCUGCAGGUCUUCAAAAGUACCAGAAAAUUUUGAUCGGAGUCUCUGUGACUUUCGUCCUGCUGCUCUGCUUCCUUCUUUUCCUCCUCUUCUUCCUCAAGCACCAGAAGAAACUCAGAAAGUCAGGUGCUUCAGACCCUGAAAUUAAGACCACAGCACUACAGAAAAGCUCCAGCUCCGUGACUCCUGUUCAAAGGGAGAACCAAUGCAAUCAGAGAGGAGGUUCUUCCAUAAGAGGUCUCCAACCUGAAGAGGACAAAAUGAUGGACAAUGAGGAUACUCCAUCUGAAGACCCCCAGGAUGUGACCUAUGCCCAGCUGAACCGCCAAGACCCUCAAACGAGCAGCAAAUGCACCCCGUUCCUCCCCAUCAGUGGAGACCCAAGAUGAGCCCAGUGUGUAUGCUGCUCUGGCUAUCCACUAGCCCAAGACCCAAGUGAGGACCCAGACCCCACACUUCAGGGAGGGGGCCCGCAGGGACCCCAGAUAGCACAGAGGCUAUCCCCUUGGACAGUCAGCUACUGACCCCAAGUCUGAGGAUGUUCUGUAAGCAAGCAAGAUAUCACGAGACCUUAGAAGUCACCUCAUUCUGCAGAGGAAGAUAACUACGAACUCUGUAUUUUUAUUUUUUCUCUUUAAUAUAUUUUAUUGAUUAUGCUAUUACAGUUGUCCCAUUUUUCUCCCCUUUAUUCUCUUCUCUCCUGAACCCCCCAAAUUCAUGUCCUUCUCCCAUGCACAAUACAUCCCUUUCAACUCUACAGUGCUCCACAUUUUUACUCAUUCCAGUAUCAACUCUCAAGUCUAAAGUUCAGUCUUGUUGACAUAUUGUCUACAUCAGACACAGGUGAGACUGGGGAUAGGAUUCAUUUUAGGGUGGAAUUCCUCUGCAGUUGUGAACCUGCAACCCAGACAAUUUAUGUACUUCUGACAUUCAAGACUUUGGCAGGCAUGGGAGAGAUAGUCCUAUUCCAACAGGGAGAAAUCAGAAAGACAGGGGAUCCAGGCACAUUCAACAUCUUGAAAGGCAACAUUAAUUAAAUCGUUCUUUCCUCUC